UUGGUUUUAAAAGGGAACCAGAGAGAAUUUUUUUUUCUGCUCUCUCUGGCAGUUUGUGGCUUGCAUGUUAAGCAAGAAGCCAUUACCAAACUGUUAAGGGUCUUUUGUCAUGCAAUAGCCCUCCCAUUAGGAGGCAAGUACCAGCACUUAUAUGCAUGCAAAUAAAGUGGUUUUUCUGGUUUCCCUUCAUUGAACAUUAGCUAGAGAGAGAAAAGGAAAAAAGCACUGUUGCUAGGCAGACUUCAGGAGGCAACAGAGCCUGCAGUGCAGAAGAUAAACACCGGAGGGCACCCCAACACAAAAAAACAGGAACCAUGACUUCUAAGGCAAAAAUUGACGCCGAAGAACAAAUCAAAGAAGCUGAACACAGGCGACAGAUGGAGAUGAAAGAAAAGGAAGAAAGCAUCAAACUGGCAGCCUUCCAAAGAGAACAGGCAGCCCAAGAGGCAGCACACAAAAGAAAACUAGAAGAAGAAGAGUUGGCCCACCGCCGAGAAAUGGAAAAGCACCAAAAAGAAAUGGAAAAACAACAAAAAGAAAAUGAAGAGAAGGAAAAACAGAGAAAACAUGAACUGGAGAUGGCAAAAGCUGGGCUGCAUGUGCCAGCCAACCCUAACAACCCGGCGCCAAUUAUUGCUCCACAGCACAGGAAAUUUCCCACCUACAAGGCAGGUGAUGACACCGAGGCCUUCUUGGAAAAUUUUGAAAGAGCCUGUCUUGGGUACAACAUCCCAGAAGACCAGUACAUGGUAGAAUUGAGGUCACAGCUCAGUGGACCUUUAGCAAAGGUGGCAGCUGAAAUGCCUAAGCUGCAAAUGAAUGACUAUAAACUUUUUCAAACCAAGGCCAGAUACCGAAUGGGGAUAACCCCAGAUCAUGCCCGUCGGCGCUUCAGAACCCAAAAGUGGAAACCAGAGGUGUCAUUUCCCAAACACGCCUACUACAUUGCAAAAAACUAUGAGGCCUGGAUAACAGGAAACAACAUUCAAACCUUGGAAGAACUGAACCUCCUCAUACAAAUGGAGCAAUUCUUGGAUGGUGUUCCUGAAGACAUCACACGGUACAUACAAGAUGGAAAUCCCAAAGAUAUCGCUGAGGCGGGGGAGAUUGGAGCCAAAUGGAUGGAACUGGCAGAAAGCAAGAAAGCUACUGUCAAGGGGAACGAUUACCCCAGGGGGCACACCGACCAUAAACCCUACAACCGAGGACAGCCAAAGACCCCACAUACCACCCAAGUAAAGCCACAGAUACCCUACCCUUCAACCUCACCAGUCUCCAGUAACUCACCUCGGCCCAGUGACCCAUCAGAUGGAAGAUGCUUUAAGUGUAAUGAACUGGGACAUAUCAAGGCCAACUGUCCCAAGAACACCAUGCCAGUGCAAUUCAUUACACCACCAUCACACCAAAGAUCCCCAGGCCCGGAUGCCUCUCAAAUACCCUUGGAGCGAAGGGAAAAUUUGAGAGUGGGCGGAAAGAAGGUUACUGCGUGGAAAGACACGGGGGCACAAGUGUCAGCUAUCCACCAAUCCUUCGUUGACCCCAAAUUCAUCAACCCAAAGGCCAAAGUUACAAUUUACCCCUUCAUGUCACAAGCUGUAGACUUGCCUACAGCUGAACUGCCUGUCCAGUACAAAGGCUGGUCAGGAAUGUGAACUUUUGCAGUCUAUGACAAUUAUCCUAUCCCCAUGCUACUGGGGGAAGACUUGGCCAACCAGGUGAGGCGGGCCAAGAGAGUGGGAAUGGUUACACGUAGCCAAACCAGGCAAGCUUCCAGACCCAUUCCUGUUCCUGAGCCGUCCACAGAGGCCCCGUCUGUGUUACCAGAGACCCAGACAGAGGUAGUGGACCCGGAUUCCAUGCCUACCACUGAAACAGCCACAGCAUCUCCAGUCCCAGGCCCGGAACUGGAACAGCAACCAGCACCGGCAAGUGCAACCACAUCUUCAAACUCAACGCCAGAGGGCGCCAGCGAGCCAGAACUGGCAGAAGCAAAAGACAGCCAUACCCAAAAGGCUCAGCCAGAGCCUGAAAUACCCUCAGGUGCACCAGCGGAGAGCGGUUCACCAGCAACGGAAACAACCCCAUCACCUACAUCGCUUCCAGAGGGACCAAGCCCAAGUCCACAGUCUGAGGAA